CUUUUUCCUUAACUUAUCUUUUUCCCUAAAUUUUUCAGCAGUAGGGAAGUGAGAGGAAGGACAUGCUGCGGGCGCUGCGACCAUCUAGACGCAGUUAGACCCAUCUUUCCCCUCUACGACCCUCCUUUUCUGCUGACGUUACCUUACUUUCUACAUACAAUGCAUUGCUAGAGACGUCGACCGGUUCUGACCUCUAGCAUGCGCGCUGCCGUUGCUAUCCAAUAUCCCCUUGAACUCUAAAUCAAUUGUUCAUUCACUUUCGUUUCUGCCUCUACCCGUCCUCCCCUCACCCCCCACUCCUCCAUUCGCUCAUCCACCAUGGAGGCCAACCCGAUCCCCGAUCCCCCGCCGGUUCCAGAAACCGAUAUACCCAGCAUCAGCAAAGUGAAUCGUACCAAGACCACUCCGGUUGAUCUGGAGACAAUGGGAAGUUCGUCCCGAAUCAAUGGGCGCUCCUCAAUCGACUCGACCUCCGACAGACCCAAGUCGCAAGCCGGCGAGGCUGAUUCCGCCAAGGCAGGCUCCAGCGGAUUUUCGAAGCUUUUGGCCGCUCGACGGAAGAAGAAGAAGGAUAAGAGUCAGAAGCAGUCCGAUGAAUCGUCCACCCAGCUGGAGACGGAGAGUAGCAAGGAUGUCCAGGAGAGUCGUUCAACAGAGUCGCGCGACGGCCUUUCCACCAACUCAUCAGUCGGCCACGAGAACCUGAGCCCCCCGGACCAUGACACUGUCAACUUGCUGACGGACGACUCCGAACCUGACAGAACACCCCCUCUUACUUCUCACAACUCCCAUGCUGGCUUUUACACCUCAUCCUCCCCCCUUAUAAGGACCACAUCGGUAGACGAGACGGAAGAAGAUGGUAAAGGCGACACGGAAGCUGCUGCCCCCGAGUCGCAACAGGAGACGGAGCGACCGCCUAGCCAACAUGGCUCUUCAUUAAACGUGCCAUCGGACCGCGGGAAGAAACGAGGCAUCUCGCCCGGACGUCGCUUCAAGAACGCCUUCGGCUCCAACCCGGAUAAGAAAGCCUCUAACCGCGAUCGAGCAGAAUCUACUUCUAGCUCCAAAAGCAGUAGAAGAGGCAGCUUAUCAGCCAAGAGAGCUCAGACUGUUGCUGAACCGCCCCCGCCUUUGCCAGCUCCCAUUCGCACCGAUCUCAAGGAAGACAAGCCUCUCCCUUCUCUAGAAAUUCCCGCUCCGAGAACACCCCCGCAUACCGCCAUUCCGCACCCGCAGACCACCGUAACUCCUCCCACCCCGAAUACCGAAUUUCCUAGGCUUUUCACCUCGCCAGACGUGACUAGGUCGCCUGAUUCUAUCCACUCGAAAGAUUCACCAGCCGGUAUCAUUGUCAGCCCUUCGGGGAAUAUGAUCUCCCACCGGCGUGUGCGGUCCGCCUCUGCUGCGAGCCACAAGCCCAGCAAGCUGUCGAACUCCAUAUCCGCGAUAGGACCGACGAUUGAAGAGACCAAAGCGAGCGCAAAAUCACCGGGGCCCAUGCAAACCGGGUUCUUCUCAUCCGUCUUCUCCGCCGCACAGAAUGCAGCCUCGACUUUGAGCAGUAGUCUUAACUCUCAGUCAAAGGGUCGCAAUGUUGCGCAAGGAGGAUUGAAUGAAUCUGAGAGUCAGCCUUCUGCUGAGGGAGCGCCAGGCCCCAGCCAGCCCAUCAACAAUAAAGCGGAAGAGAAAAAGCCAUUGGCCGUCGAUACUCUGGGAUCUGGAGACCUGGACUUUAGCCAUCUGGAUAUCGCCAUACCCCCCGGUGGUUCUGUCUCCACACCGGACGGCGUUGUGAUCACCAAACCAGACUUGCCCUUGGAGAAGCGCAAAGUAUCGCAACGUGAUGAAGAAGCAGCCAGGCUUGAGGAUAGUCGUGCAGCCCGGGCAGUCACAAUGGCCUACGAAAAGCCCUCUGAGACGUCGUUGGUCCCUUCGACGGACGACGGUCUCGAACUACAGUCCAGUGCUUCUUUUACGAAGGAGGGCGCUGGCGACCAAACUCCACCAAGUGGCAGUAUACUCGAUGGUGAGAUUGGUCAUACUCGGCCCUAUCGAAGCGGUAGCGUGCGAAGCCGGCUUGCCCGGCGCCGGCACCGUGGGUCUUCAGCAGCAACUACAUCGACACUUGGUGCAAUUGGCGCCAGUGCUAUUGCCUUGGGUGCCCCGGCUGCCAAUGCCAGCAUGCCUCGCCUGACUGGCUUUGCUGUUGCCAGCAAAAAGCGAAACAGAGACUUCCAUCAACUGUUCCGCAGUGUACCCGAAGACGAUUACCUGAUCGAGGACUACAGCUGUGCCUUGCAACGAGAGAUCAUCCUAGCUGGUCGAAUCUACAUUUCGGAAGGUCACAUCUGCUUUUCCAGUAAUAUUCUGGGCUGGGUGACCACCCUUGUAAUCAGCUUUGACGAAGUGGUGGCGAUAGAAAAGGAGUCCACUGCGAUGGUGUUCCCGAAUGCCAUAGCUAUCCAGACGCUACAUGCUCGGCAUACGUUCCGCAGUCUUCUUAGUCGAGAGUCUACCUAUGAUCUCAUGGUUAACAUCUGGAAAAUCAACCACCCUUCUCUCAAGAGCUCUGCCAAUGGAACCAGGGUCACGGACGGCACAGGAGACAAGACCGAGAAGGCCGGUGAAAGUGAUGAUGAGAGCGAAGAAGAAGAUGAGAUCUACGAUGAGGACGAAGAAGGCGACAAUGCUGAUAGCCUCUUCGAAGCUGCCGGCGCCAGCGUCAACGGGAGUGACAAGUCCAUGCCUACCAAGCCUGUUAGCCGCAAGGCUUCGGGCCCCCUCGCCAAUGCCAACGGGGCUGGGCAGGCCGGAGCCAACUCCAGCGGUGAUGGAAAAGGCAGCAAGUCUGGCUCACCCGCUGAUGGUGACACUGACUUCCCUGGCCCGCCAACGCAUCCUCCCACCGAGUAUACUGACCCUGCAGGCCAGUACGAUAAGGUGGUCAAGGAUGAUGUGAUCCCAGCGCCUCUCGGAAAAGUCUACUCUUACGUGUUCGGAGCGCAAUCUGGUGCGUUCAUGACGAAGUUUCUUGUUGAAAAUCAAAAAUCGGGAGAGCUCCAAUUUGAAACUGGAAACAAGGGUCUCACCAACGACAGCCGCACACGGAAUUAUUCGUAUAUCAAGCCACUGAACGGAUCCAUUGGUCCCAAGCAAACAAAAUGUAUCAGUACUGAAACGCUGGAUUUCCUUGACUUGGAAAAGGCCGUACUUGUUACCCUGGGCACCCAGACACCCGACGUCCCCAGCGGUAAUGUUUUCUUGACCAAGACCAAGUACCUCUUCACAUGGGCGCCGAACAAUCAGACACGAUUCCUCAUGACAUGUACCAUCGAGUGGUCGGGAAAGAGUUGGCUCAAGGCAGGUCCCAUUGAAAAGGGUGCGAUUGACGGUCAAACUGCGUUUGGAAAUGACUUGGUUGCCGCCCUCAAAGCUGCUGUUGUUCCUCGUGGCCGCACGGGUGGCGGUAAAGGCAAGGGUAAGGGGCGACGCAAGAAGAGCGAGGUCGCUCAGGAGGCCGCGGCGGCUGCUGCCAAAGCAGCGGAGGAGGAACGAGCACAGCAGGCGAAUUCCUGGGGUGUUUUGGAGCCGCUCCAUGGAGUGCUUGGACCUGUUGUGGACACGGUCAAGCCUCUUUUGAGCGGAAACGUCGCCAUUGUGUUAGUCGGCAUUCUGCUUUUCUUCCUCUUCUUCCGACGCCCGUCUCAGCCAUCUGUGGUAUCCCACGACAUCGGAUGCCCUGGUUACUCAUUACCCCAACGUCUGGCCGCCUAUGAGGAAAUGUGGCGCCGGGAAGAAAGCGAGCUCUGGAGCUGGCUGGAAGACAGGGUUGGCAUGGACGGAUUAGCCAUACCCACCGUCAGUCGGUCGACGGGCUCUCGGACACAGCAAUACUCUCGCAAAGUCCAGAGCGAACGUGCGCUGGCCAGCAAAGUCAGCGAAGAAAAAAUGUCCGACCUCGAGAUGGAUCAUGCUAUUCGCACUACGCGUGAAAGGCUCGAUACUCUCGAGAAGAUCCUCCUCGACCGACGAUCCCAACCUGCAGCGGACCAAGCAGUCGUCCACAGCGAGCUGUAA